GGGGGACGAGGGACGGUCAAGGACAGCCUAUCGCCAUCUGGGUCAGAAGAAGUGUUGCAUGCGGGUACGAGGGAGUGCAAGGGCCGGAAGAAGAAGUCGACGAUACAGCGAUGCAUGUUCCACGCGAUCUCUGACCCCUCGUCUCCUCUCUUGCUCGCUCUAUCAUCCUCGGAAGAUGUCAGGGCGCCGCUAUUUCAUCGACUUGCUUGGCUUCGAAUCAUGUAUCUCUGAUCUGCUUUCUGCUUCUUUUUUGCCGACCGAGGUAUAACUAUAAGUAUCGACCCUUCGUUGCUUGGCAGACUUUCCCACUUGCUCGUCUGUCCCCCAUCAAUCCAGGCUUGCUCGCUCGUUGUGCUCUGUUCGGUGGUCCCUAGCACCCGUCCGGUCCUCUAGGCUCUCACGAUGCUGCCUCUCGUUCUUACCCUCGGUCUCGUCGGGCUCGCGUCAGCAACGAUCCACCCCCCUCUCCCCAUCCCCCACGCCGUACUCGCACACGACCACACCCCCGUACAUGCCUCGACUGGCGCCACGAUCCCGCCGUACAACACGACGUAUUAUUUCGACCAGUUGAUUGAUCAUAAUGAUACGAGCUUGGGGACGUUCCAGCAGAGGUAUUGGAUGACUUGGGAGUUUUAUGAGGAGGGCGGUCCCAUCAUAUUGAUGACGCCCGGCGAAGCCAACGCCGCCCCCUACACCGGCUACCUAACCAACUCCACCAUAAACGGCCUAAUCGCCCAAGCCCACUCCGGCGCCACAAUCGUCAUCGAACACCGUUUCUACGGCCUCUCCAACCCCUUUCCCGACCUCACCGUCUCCUCCCUCGCCUACCACACCAUCCCGCAAGCCAUCGAAGAUCUGGACUAUUUCGCGAGGAACGUGGUGUUGCCGAUGCCGGGGGGCGAUGGGGUGGGACCGGAUGUGGCGCCGUGGGUGUUGGUGGGGGGAAGUUAUUCGGGGGCGUUGACUAGUUGGACUAUGGUGGAGAAACCGGAUACGUUUUAUAUCGGAUAUGCGUCGUCUGCUGUCGUCGAGAGCAUCGUCGAUUUCUGGGCCUACUUCGAACCCAUCCGUCAAAACAUGCCUUCAAACUGCUCCUCCGACGUCGAAGCCGUCGUGUCUUUCUUCGACGCCACACUCAGCGGUGACAACCAGACUGCGAUAGAUGAGUUGAAGACGUUGUAUGGGAUGGAGGGGUUGGCGCAUAGCGAUGAUGUUGCGGGGGCGUUGAGAAAUAAUCUCUGGGACUGGCAAUCCCUCUCGCCCGACUCUGGCCCCGGCGCGCAAUUCUUCAAUUUCUGCGACGCGUUGGAAGUAGAUAAUAAAACGGGCGCGAUCGCGAAUGAGACGGGGUGGGGACAGGAGCAUGCGGUGCAAGCUUGGGGAGAUUAUUUUAGGGAGACGUAUUAUGAGAUCCUUUGUGGGGAUCAAGAUGCCGAGACAUGCCUGGGCACGUAUAAUGCCAGCUCGGAAUAUUACACCUCCACCGAAGUCGAUAACUCCGGCCGUUCCUGGACCUGGAUCACCUGCACCACAGUCGGAUUCUUCCAAGACGGCGCCCCAUCCGGCUACCCCACCCUCGUCUCCCGCCUCGUCCAACCCUCAAUCGACGACCUCCGCCAAUGCGCCCUAAUGUUCCCCUCCGCCUUCACUUCUUCCUCUCCCGCCUCUCCCGACGUAGAUCUCACGAACGUCCUCUAUGAGGGCUGGAACGUUUCCGUCCCCCGUCUGUUUUUCGCGAAUGGGCAGAGAGAUCCGUGGAGGGAUGCGACGGUGUCGGGGGAUAAUACUACGACGGCGAGUGUGAAUGGGGGGCAGGGAACGGAGGAAAUGCCGAUUAGGGUGGGAGAUGGGUAUCAUUGUUCGGAUUUGAUUGUGAGGAAUGCGGAGGUGGAUGGGACGGUGGAGGGGGUGCAGCAGGCGGCUUUGGGAUAUAUUGCGACGUGGUUGGGGGAGUGGAAUGCUACUACGACCACCAACACCAACGCUACCACCAAUGGUACGGAGAGUGAGAGAAGGAAGAGGGAGGAGGGCGUGGUUGGGGAGAUGGAAAAGAGGAGGUGGCCUGUUACGAGUUGGAAUAAGGAUGUUUAGAGGGUGAUGGUGUUGUUGUAUACCCGUUCUUGGGGCUCGGGAGCGUCGCUCUAGUACUUAUUGCAAUGUUGUACCGUCUUGGGGUUUGUGAUCGAAUCGAUCGUUGCUUUUACCUGA